GCUAGAAUUUAGGUGUCUAAUUAUAGCUGUGUCAGGAUUUGGAUUUGUGAUCUGUCUAGGAGGGAUAUCAAGCCUACUCCAUUUAAAUGAUUUGUGUGUCCAUUUUUUUUGUACAUUGGUGUAAAGCAAACUUCCUUGUCUUUGUCUGAGGUUGUAUUAUUUCUGUUAUGGCACACUGAAAAUUGACCUUGUCCUCUAUGGUACAGGCGCCUCAUGUGAUAAAUUAUAUUACCUACUACGGUGCCAUGGUCAGAAUCGACUUACACCUCCAAGCGCUGAGACGGAGCACAGUUUCUGCUCUCAGAAAGUACAUUAUUAUCUCCAUGCCUUGGAGAAAUUGUUUGGAUUUGAAUGUGCUGGCGGGAUUCAUUGGUGCAGAAACUAGAUUGGGCAGUUAGUUCCACCAAUUCCAGUUAUGGUUAUAGAGAUGGACCGCCAACCAUGUUGCUAGGGCGACCAUGGGCAGCGUCACUCUGCGUUACUUCUGCUAUGGCUGCUUCUUCACGUCCGUGACGUGGUCCAUCCUCCUCUUCCUCUACUUCAGCCUGGGCCAGGACAGCCAGGUGUCACUGCACCAUGUGCCCGUCCAGGGGCCACAGUCCCCGGGCCUCCUGCACCGCCUCCAGCCGCGCUACACCCGUAACCCCGGAGCUCAGCGCCGGGACCAGGGUGUUGGUCAGCGCGAGCGGGGGAAGGGAGGUGCCAACGCAGGGAAGGCGGCUGACCUCUCGCCAGAGAUGGGUAUGAUCUUUAACGAGCAGGAUCAGGAAGUCCGGGACAUGGGCUACCACAAGCACGCCUUCAAUGUGCUCAUCAGCAAUCGCCUAGGUUACCACAGAGACCUGCCCGACACCAGGAAUGACAAAUGUAAAGAGCACCCCUACCCCAUCGCCCUGCCGGCGGCCAGCGUGGUCAUCUGCUUCUUCAACGAGGCGCUGUCGGCCCUGCUGCGCACCGUGCACAGUGUCCUGGACCGCACGCCAGCCUACCUCCUGCACGAGAUCAUCCUGGUGGAUGACAACAGCGAACUCGGCAAGUCACACACAGACACACACAGACACACACACAGACACACACACAGACACACACACAGACCGGCGGCCCCUGGGACGGGCGCCAAGCCAGAGUUGAUCUAA